AUGUCCUUGUCCUUUUGUGGCAAUGACAACUCAUCAGCAUAUAACGUAGACCGUGGCAUUCUCAACAACGGCUGCUUCCUUGAUGCACUGGGGCUGGUGCCCCAUGUCUUCCUGCUUUUCAGCACUUUCCCUAUCCUCUUUAUUGGCUGGGGGAGUCAGAGUUCUAAAGUGCACAUUCACCACACUACUUGGCUUCACUUCCCUGGCCAUAGCCUGCGCUGGCUGCUCACCUUUGCUCUGCUCUUUGUGCUGGUGUGUGAGAUCGCUGAGGGCAUUGUUUCUGAUGGGUUCAGCCAGUCCCGCCAUCUUCACCUCUAUAUGACCCCAGGCCUGGCUCUCCUCUCCACCAUUACCUCUAUUGUCUACUACCACAAUAUAGAGACUGCCAACUUUCCCAAACUGCUGCUAGCCUUGCUUAUCUACUGGAUCUUAGCCUUUGUCACCAAAACAAUCAAGUUUGCCAAGUAUGACCAGCAUGGUAUUGGUCCAGGACAGCUGCGUUUCUGCAUCACAGGGCUGCUAGCCCUGAUCUAUGGACUGCUGCUGGCUGUGGAGGUCAACGUUAUCGUGAGUAGGCGAUACAUAUGUUUCACAUACUCCACAGAACUAAAACCCCCAGACGAUCUGCAGGACCUUGGUGUCCGUUUCCUGCAGCCUUUUGUCAACCUGCUCUCCAAGAGCACAUACUGGUGGAUGAACACCUUCAUAACCUCUGCUCACAGACGCCCCAUUGACCUGAAGGUCAUUGGCAAACUGCCCAUCGCCAUGCGUGCUCUGACUAACUAUCAAAAACUACGCAAAGCCAUUGAUAUACAGAAGGAAAAAUCAGCUGCUCCACUAAGAGGCUCACAGUGGAUUUGGAGGGCCCUGCGCCAGGCCUUUGGAGGGCCACUGAUCCUCAGUAUCACCUUCCGCAUUCUGGCUGACCUGCUGGGCUUUGCUGGGCCGCUCUGCAUCUCGGGCAUUGUCCACCACAUCAGCAGGGAAAACCACACCAUCCUGCCCCCGGUCAAACUACUCGGAGUCCAUUUCAUUUCCUCUCAGGCAUUCUUGGCCAAUGCCUACGUGCUGGCCGUUCUUCUCUUCCUGGCCCUCAUCCUCCAGAGGACCUUCUUACAAGCCUCUUAUUAUUCUGCCAUUGAAACAGGGAUCAAAUUGAGAGGGGCCAUUCAGACUAAGAUUUACAACAAGAUCAUGCGUCUUUGCACCUCAAACAUGUCCAUGGGCGAUAUGACCACUGCACAGAUCUGUAAUCUGGUUGCCAGAGACACCAAUCAGCUCAUGUGGUUCUUCUUUCUGUGUCCCAAUCUCUGGGCCAUGCCAGUGCAAAUCAUUACCGGCGUGAUGCUCCUGUACUACCUGCUGGGCUUCAGUGCUCUGAUUGGAGCCACAGUUAUCACUGUUUUAGCGCCUAUGCAGUACUUUGUGGCCACCAAACUCUCGAGAGCACAGAAGAGCACUCUGGAAUACUCUAGUGAGAGACUGAAGAAGACCAAUGAAUUGCUGUUGGGCAUAAAGUUGCUGAAGCUUUACGCAUGGGAGCACAUCUUCAGAGCCAGUGUGGAGGAAACACGCAGCAAAGAGCUGACCAGUCUCAGAACCUUCGCCCUCUACACCUCCCUCUCCAUGUUUAUGAACACAGCAGUUCCAAUUGGCGCUGUUCUCACGACAUUUGCGGUGCAUGUGUACAGUUCUGCUGAUACCGACCUGUCUCCUGCUGUGGCCUUUGCCUCUCUGUCUCUAUUCCACAUCCUGGUCACUCCCCUGUUUCUGCUCUCCAGUGUCCUGCACUCCACUGUCAAGGCCCUGGUCAGCGUUCAGAAACUCACUGAGUUCUUCACCAGUGAGGAAAUUGAGGAGCCUAAAGAAGCUUCACCAAAAAACUUGAACAACAAUGAAAACAUUAAGUCAGUGUAUGUGUGCCAACUUCAGGCUUCAAAGCUGAGGAACCGCAAACUCGCUGCCAAGCAGGAUUUGAACAGCAAUGUGCCGAUGAAGGACCCCAUGAACGACCAGAAAUCAGACAAAUCAGCAGCCCAGGAGAGAUAUGUCUGCUUCAAGAUAGUUAAUGGGUACUUCAGUUGGACUGAAGGAUGUCCUACCUUGUCCAGUAUCGACAUGAAAGUUGCUUUUGGUCAGUUAACUAUGAUUGUAGGGCAGGUAGGGUGUGGGAAGUCUUCUCUGUUACUGGCUGCUCUGGGAGAGAUGCAGAAGAUUUCUGGGAGUGUACUGUGGAACAGAUUACCCAGCGAGGAUGAAGAAGGAAGUGAGAGUACUGAUUAUAUUUGCCCAUUUGACAGGAAGAGGGACUCAGUGGCCUAUGCUUCCCAGAGGCCUUGGCUCUUAAACACCACAGUGGAGGAGAACAUACUGUUUGACACGGCCCCCAAUGUAAAAAGGUACAAAGAUGUCAUUGAGGCAUGCUCCUUACAGCCUGAUAUUGACACUCUGCCACAAGGAGACCAAACGGUGGUGGGGGAAGGGGGUAUCAUAUUAUCUGGAGGACAGCGACAGCGUAUCAGCGUAGCCAGGGCUCUGUAUCAGCAGACCAACGUGGUUUUCUUGGAUGACCCUUUCUCUGCACUGGACAUCCAUCUAAGUGAUCAUCUGAUGCAGGAGGGCAUUCUAAAGCUCCUGAGAAAGGAGAAAAGAACCGUAGUUCUGGUCACUCACAAACUUCAGUACCUCCGCCAUGCAGACUGGAUCAUUGUUAUGAAGGAUGGGACAGUGCAGACCCAGGGGACAGUCCAGGAUAUCCAGUCCUCUCAACCAGAGCUGUUUGAGCAGUGGAAAGCCCUCAUGAACCGACAAGACAUGGUGAGGAGCAGCAAUACAGUUGAACUGAAAAGAGGAAGCUUCCGGAGAAUCAUGUACUCCAGGGACACUGUCACCACAGAGGAAGAGGAGGAUGAAGAGGGCUCGGAGAACGUGGAUGAGGACAGCCUGGCGGCAGAACUUCGUCACAGGACCACCAUCCCGUGGGGCUCGUUCGGACAGUACCUGAGAGCUGCAGGUCUGCUGCUCCUGCCUCUGCUGCUCCUCUCCCAGCUCACCAAACACACCCUCACAGUCGCCAUCGACUUCUGGCUCGCACACUGGACAUCGCAUGUCAUCGCCACAAAGAUCAACGCUGCUGAGCGGAACUGCUCCUCUGUGCAGGACUGUGGGUUCAGUCACUCAUCCUACCUGCUGGUAUUCUGUCUGCUCUGCGGUUUGGGUAUUAUGCUUUGUUUGGUAACAUCUCUAGCAGUUGAGUGGACAGGCCUGAGGGUAGCCAGAGAACUGCACCAAAACCUGCUCCGUGUCAUUGUUCUGGCUCCCAUGAGAUUCUUUGAGACAACACCCCUGGCCAACAUUUUAAACAGAUUCUCUGCUGAUACCAACACUGUUGACCAGCAUAUCUCUGUGACGCUGGAGUGCUUGAGCCGUUCCACCCUGCUGUGUGUGUCAGCUGUUGGGGUCAUCUGUUACGUCACCCCAGUCUUCCUCAUCGCUCUUCUCCCUCUGGCUGUCACAUGCUACUUUAUCCAGAAGUACUUCCGGGUGGCGUCCAGGGACCUACAGCAGCUAGAGGACAGUACCCAGAUUCCCCUGCUCUCUCAUUAUUCCCAGACUAUUGAGGGUCUUACCACCAUUCGGGCCUUCAGGCAUGAACAAAGAUUCAAGAAGAAACUUCUGGAGUAUGCAGAUGCCAGCAACAACGCAUCCCUGUUUCUGACAGCAGCCAAUCGCUGGUUGGAGGUUCGCAUGGAGUACAUCGGGGCCUUUGUGGUCCUGAUUGCAGCAGUAGCCUCAAUCACAAGUGCCCUGUACAGUCAGCUGUCUACAGGCCUGGUGGGACUGGGCCUCACCUAUGCUCUCAUGGUGUCAAACUAUCUGAACUGGAUGGUGCGGAACCUGGCACACAUGGAGGUUCAGCUAGGCUGUGUGAAGAGGAUCAGUAGCCUGCUACACACAGAACCUGAAAGAUACCAGGGCCUGAUAACACCGGCCCAGGUUCCAGCUCGCUGGCCUCAGUAUGGUGAGAUCAAGAUUGAGAACCUGAGUGUCCGAUAUGACAGCAGCCUGAAACCUGUGCUAAAGCGUGUUAAUGCCCAUAUCAAACCAGGUCAAAAGGUAGGCAUAUGUGGAAGAACAGGAAGUGGAAAGUCAUCAUUCUCCUUGGCCCUCUUUAGGAUGGUGGAUGCAUUUGAAGGACAAAUUAUCAUAGAUGGGAUUGAUAUCGCUAAACUACCCCUACAGACGCUCCGUUCUCGAUUUUCCAUCAUUCUUCAAGAUCCUAUUAUGUUCAGCGGGACCAUUCGAUUUAAUUUGGAUCCAGAGAGAAAGGCCACAGACAGGAUGCUGUGGGAAGCCCUGGAGAUUGCUCAGCUGAUGCCUGUAGUCAAAGCUCUGCCAGGAGGACUUGAUGCCAUGGUGACAGAAGGUGGAGAGAACUUCAGCCAGGGUCAGCGUCAGCUCUUCUGUCUGGCUCGUGCAUUUGUGAGGAAGAGCAGCAUCCUCAUCAUGGAUGAAGCUACCGCUUCCAUUGACAUGGCAACGGAGAGUAUUCUGCAAAAGGUUGUCAUGACUGCUUUUGCAGAUCGUACUGUGGUAACCAUAGCUCAUCGUGUGCACACCAUACUGAGUUCAGACGUGGUUAUAGUGAUGAAACACGGGGCUAUUCUGGAAUACGGUGAACCAGAUGUGCUUUUGGAGCAGAGAGACAGCGUCUUCGCUUCAUUCGUCCGUGCAGACAAAUGA